AUGGAUGGUAGUAAUGAUGCGUUAGCCCAGGCUAUCAUAGAACAAGAACAAAUGAAGCGCGAUGGUGUUAAGGCAUUUAUUGAAGAUGUUAGUCAAGGACUUUUACGAAAUGAUAGCUGGGAUACAUUUAAACCCGAUGAAAUAGCUGAAGCAUCACUUCAAGUUGCAGCUGGAAAAACUGAUUCUUCUACUGAAGAUAAACAAACUCAUCGUUUUCGACAGUUUUUAUCUAUUGCAACCAAUUUCUCAUCGUUACCAUUUGCUCAAAAACUACACAAAAUCCCAGAAUUAGUAGAAAGUAUUAAAGAAUUACUUGAAAAUAUGAUGAAAGAAGUUCAAGAAUAUAGCGAUAUGGCAAAUGAACUUCGUGAUCUCAUUCAAUGUUUUGUUCGGAUGGUAACACAAGCAAAACAUAACGUCAAUAUGAUGCUUCCGCUACUUAAAGCUGCUAAAUCACAAAUGGGAAUCGUUCAAGAUGUCAUGAGUACGGAUCCAAGUAAAACACUUAAUGGUAUAGAUAAAAGAGAUAUUCAUCUUGCUUUGAAUCGAAUGUCAAGUGGAAUACAAAGUUUACUCGACUUAGCUAAAUCAGCAACAGCUGAAAGCCAAAAACUAGACGACCGUAUACAUAAUAUGACUAAUUCAGUUCAAUCGAAAAAAGUCACUGUCGAGGAACGAUUGGACGUAGCAAAUUUUUGUUUCAAAUGUGCUGUACCAGUCAGUACGAUUACAUCUGGUGCUGCAGUUGGAGGACUUGUUGCAGCUGAAUUAUUUGGUGGUGUUGGCGCAUUAAUUAUUGCUGGAACAGCUUUUCCUCCUAUUACCGCUAUCAUUAGUGCGUGUAUCUUAGGUGGAGCUUGCGCUGGAACGGUCAUUCUUUUGGUAAAAAAGUUUUGGGCUCGUCACCAAUUAAAGGCCCUUAACUAUCUUAACCAAAUAUUUGAAGGUUUAGUUGAAUUAAGUUCAGCAAAUGCACAUUUCAUGCGUUAUAUGGCGGAUACGGAAGAAAAAGCAAAUACAGUUUCACAACAUAUUCAAGAUAUUCAACUAUGUUUAGAAAGUGAAAGACAACGACGAGCAAAUCAUAAUGUCUGCGAUGUAGCUAUAGAUUCAACAACGUCUAUGAUAGAAAGUCUUGAACGAAUAUCUAAUUUAGAUAUAUCAAAAUGGAGUGAUACUUCAAAUGUGAUCAGUUUUUCGAAAACAAAAAUGAUAACAUAUGCUAUCACAAAAUAA